AUGGGAGCGCAAUUCUCCAAGACAGCUGCAAAUGGCGAAACCGCGGUUGAAAAGCCUGGAGAGGCUGCGGCUUCACCAACCAAGACCAAUGGACAGGUAAUUGCUGUUGUUUUUAUAUCAGUUAAAGGAAAUAUAGAUAAACUGUUGGUUUGCGCAAAGGUUCUCUCGGUGCGUUAAUGUGGGCACUUAUGGAGACACGCCGGGCUGUUGGAGCAAACAACCACGAUGGGAAUACAUUGAUUCAUAAGUCUACAUGUUCUAUAGAAUCAAUACUAUUUAAUGAAACAUUUUAUCAUUGAUUUGAAAUGUAAUUUCAAAAAAAUAUGAAAAGGUAAACUGAUUUGGAUAAUUAUUUGAAGACAAAUGCUGUAAAUUAAACACGUUUUCACUGAUUAGUUUGCGAUGUGUGGGGAUUUCCACACUUAAUGGGGUUAAAGCCUUUGUUUGAAAUGUCGGAUUGUGAGACAGUGGGAAUUGGUAUCACAUUGUAGGGUCCAUGUGUAGCCAUGUAUAGUUAAAUGGCAAUUGGAUAGAUCAUGUUUUAAUCAACAUCCUCUUUAAAACUGAGCGCAAAUGUAAUAACUUGAUGCUAUCGUUAAGUGAAUGGGGAAGAUGCACGACGCCAACAAUGGCUUGCCACGGUCUACCUAACAUCACCACGCCUUUUGUUACAGAUGCUCGAGUAGAGAGCAGGGACGGUUACUAUGACACUGAAGGCAGGGGAGCCACAUUCGAAUAAUGCGCCCGUCCUGUAGAUGUUAUGAUAAGUGUUGGAAUGGGUGGUAUUUAUGAACGCGAUAUUGCAACAAAAAAAAAAGAUUGUUUGAAGGUUCAGGGUAGUUUUUGGGGUAUCCAUCUAAACGUUGCUCUGCGUGAUCGUCUGUAUUAAUGAGCAUCUGCUGUUUUAAUGAGAAGCUGCUUUGCGUUGGUGCUUCGGUAUCGGAGAGAUUGGCAGAGGCGCAUCGCCCCCUAGUGAACCACCUGAAACAUUGCCUCCAUCUCAUUGCUAGAGUCAGCUCAUUGUCGCCUAUGAUUAGGGGGGAAAUGUUUCAAUCAUGAAUCUCUAAAAAUGAAUUGUGUUGAAUUCGUAACUCGCAAAGUAAUUACCGGCGCCCAUGCGUAAAAGCCCAGUGAUAAAGUUUUUUUUAAUGGAGAUGGGGCUAUAUGCAUUUGUCUUGGUUGAAUUUGUGGUGUCUACUGCCCCUUGUGUAACUGCGUGGCAAUGGUCCAUGUCAGGCUUUAUAUUUCCAUGUUUGCUUCUUGUAUGAUAACGGACUUCCAUUUCUCUUUAGGAAAAUGGCCAUGUGAAAGUGAACGGGGAUGCCUCUCCUGCAGCUGCCGAUGCAGGCAAAGAGGUGCAGGCCAAUGGCAGCGCCACGGCUGAGGAGGCUGCAUCCGCUGAGGCUGCACCCGCAGAAGUGGCGGCAGUAGAUGGGGCGAAGGCAGAGAAUGCAGAGGCUGCAUCUCCAGCAGCCGAGGGUGAGACUGCCAAGCCUGAGGGAGCCACGCCUUCAACCAGCAACGAGACCCCCAAAAAGAAGAAGAAGCGCUUCUCAUUCAAAAAGUCCUUCAAACUCAGUGGCUUCUCCUUCAAGAAGACCAAAAAGGAGACUGGCGACGGGCCAGAGGGUGAGGAGGCCGCUGCGUCCACCGAGGAGGCCAAGGCUGAGGCAGCCGAGGCCCCAGAGGCGGCCACCGCCGAGGAGGCCGCUAAGCCUGCUGAAGGAGAGGCUGCACCUGCUACCGCUGGGGAGGAGGCUAAGGAAGCAGCAAGCCCCGCAGAGGCCAAGCCUGAGGAAACGGCAGCAGCCGCUGCUGAGGAGGCCAAGGCAGCCCCAGCCACUGAGGAGCCAAAGGCAGAAGAGAAGCCAACUGAGCCUGCUGCUGCGGAGGAAGCACCCAUCUCGGAGGAGGUUGCACCUGCAACAGAGGCUGCAUCCAGUCCAGAGGCCCCCGCUGCUGCAGAGGCUGCUGCUGAGUAA